AGAAUGAAGGUGUUGAGAGGUGAAGGUGUACUGAUCAAACCCUGUGCGGGUAAAGAUCAACGUAAGCUUGUUGAACUGAGCAAUUUCGAUUUGAUUGCACACCCAAUGUUCAACAAGGUGGUCUAUGUUUUUGAAGCUCCCACCCCAACCUCAGAGGUUUUGAAGGAAGGACUGGCCAAAGUUCUGGCAGAGUUCAGAGAAUGGGCAGGGAGAUACACGAAAGAAACAACCAAUGGCUGCCUUGGUAUCAAUCUGAAUGAUGAGGGUGUGCUUGUGAUAGAAGGCGAAGCAGAUGGGACAAUAGCAGAUGCGAUGCCCUUUCAUCCCUCUGAAUUCCUCCUUGAGUUAAUACCACCCACACCCACCAUGGUCGUUGAGCUCUUACUCUUGCAGGUAUCAUACCUCACUAUACCCAUGCAAGGAAAUGAAUUUGCGUAUGCAGUUAUUAUACUAGAAGCAAUGCAAUUUACUCGAUUUGCUUGUGGAGGAUUGGUGAUAGGCCUAGCUAGUCAUCAUUAUGUUGCAGAUGGACAAGCAGCUACUUUUUUCAUGAAUUCAUGGGGAAAAGUUGUUAGAGGAGAGAGUAUUCUACCUCCGGUAAAUGACCGGUCUCUAUUGAAAGCAAGAGAUCCUCCCCAACCAUGUUUUGAUCAUUUUGAGUAUAAUACUAUGACCCAUGAACAAUUUCCAAUAAUGUCAAGUCUAAUCACAAAAAAGUUUCAUUUUGAUGCAAUAUUCUUAGAAAAACUCAAGUCAAAGGUAAAUGGAUCUAACAAAUUAAAGAAACCCUAUACUACUUUUGAGAUCCUUGUUGCCCAUAUGUGGAAAUGCAUUACAAAAGCUCGAGGGCUUGAUGAGGAUGUAAAAACAAAAGUUAGCAUUCCAGUGGAUGGAAGAAAAAGGUUGAAUCCUCCCUUGCCUCAAGGAUACUUGGGCAAUGUUGUCUAUGAAUCAGGUUCUCAAACUAUUGCAUCAGAAAUCAUAAAUGGGUCUUUAGAAUUUGUUGCAGAGAUAACCCACAAGGCAGUUACUAAGGUUGAUGAUAAUUUUUUACGUUCAACAAUUGAUUUUUUUGAGCUAAGGAAGGAAACCUUGGGGCCAACGAGCCUUAAUCAUGGAACUGAUGUGAUACCAUUGAGUUGGAUGAAAUUUCCAAUAAGUAAUUUUCAUUUUGGAAUGGGAGAACCAUUGUAUGUAGGCCCUUCAUUGAUGCCCAUUGAAGGUCUUAUAAUAUUUUUUGAUUCAUACAAUCAUUUUGGAGGUGUAGAAGUUGUGGUUUGCUUGCCAAAAGUACAUAUGGAUGUACUCGAACAUAAUGGGCUCAACAUUUGA